GGUUUAAAUUUAACUGCAACCGGGCUGAUAUCUGCAUGGCAGGUCGUGUCUCUCCCCCCUCUGCUCUCUCUUUCUCACUCACACACACACACACACACACACACACACACACACACAUACAUACACACAGUCUGUCUUCAUAGUCCCCAGCCUCACACACAACACACACACACACAGCAGCUCCCUCAGUCGGCGAGGCUCCUCUACCUCCUCUUUUUCUCUUAAGACCACCUGGAUUGUAUGAGAGGCCAGCUGAGGACGCGGCGGACGGAGGAGAGAAAAAGCGUCGGGGACGGAGCACAGAGCAAACAUUCACUCUGAGGAUAACGCUUCAUCUGAGCCGGCGGGCUGAAGGCACAGCCAGUGGCACUGCAGAGGCAGAACAGCACAGUGGGCUGACGCUUCGCUGCAAGAGAUAGAGUAACAUGCGAUCCCGCAGUAACAGUCUGGAGGAUGUCACCAAGGCCAAACUGGCGCAGCAGGUGGACACACGCAAGAGAUCUGCAGAGAGAGAAGAGCCCUCGGGAAGGGCUGAGCGCCGCAGUCGACACCGGGAGCCACCGGACGACACUGGCACCAUUCAGCGGAAUCACAAGACAGCCAAGAGCAGCACAUGUUCUAGUGGGAGUGGGAGUGGAAGCAGCAGCGCCAGCGGCGCUGCAAAGGGGGGUCGGAGGGAGAAGGGCAGGGACCUUUCCCGAGAUGACCUCGUCUUUCUGCUGAGCUUACUGGAAGGAGAGCUGCAGGCCAGAGACGAGGUGAUCACAGUGCUGAAAGCAGAGAAAAUCGACUUGGCCCUACUGGAGGCCAAAUAUGGCUUUGUCACACCACAGCCGGUGCUGCAGUCCCUGCAGAGGGACGCCAUCCAGGGAAAGGCUGAAAUCUUUGAGGAGGACAUCUAUGAAAAGCCCAUGGUCGAGCUGGACAAGUUGGUGGAAAAGCAGAGAGAGACGCACCGGCGGAUGCUGGAGCAGCUGUUGAUGGUGGAGCAGUCACACAAACAAGCCCUGUACAAGCUUGAGGAUGAGAAAAGGAACCACGGAGAGUUCAUGAAGAAGAGCGACGAGUUCACCAACCUGCUGGAGCAGGAGCGUGAGAGAUUGAAGCUGUUAAUUGAUCAAGAAAAGGCCUACCAAGAAAGAAAGGACGAAGAGCACAACAAGAAGGUCACGAGUCUGAAGGAAGAGCUGACAAAACUCAAGUCGUUUGCGUUGAUGGUUGUGGAUGAACAGCAGCGUCUCACCGAACAGCUGAACCAACAAACAGCAAAGGUCCAAGAACUGAGUGCAAGCACUUCGCAAGCCCAGGAGGAGCUGAGCUCAGCUAAUGCCCAUCUGCAGGAAGAGCAGCAAAAGGUUGUUCGUUUGGAGGCUGAGCUGCGUGACCAAACAGGUCGAUACCAUCAGGAACAAGAGGCCAUGACUGCCAAGUUAACCAGUGAGGAUGCCCAAAACAGGCAGCUGCGCCAGAAGCUGUCGACUCUCAGCAGGCAGCUUGAUGAGCUGGAGGAGACCAACAAGACCCUGCGCAGAGCUGACGAGGAACUGCAGGAGCUGAGGGACAAAAUUAGCCGUGGAGAGUGUGGAAACUCCAGCCUCAUGUCUGAGCUUGAAGAGUUACGGAAAAGGGUACUUGAAAUGGAGGGUAAGGAUGAAGAGCUGAUCAGAAUGGAGGAUCACUGCAGGGACCUCAACAAGAAACUGGAGAAAGAGGCCAAUCAGAGCCGGAGUCUGAAGGCUGAAGUCGACAAACUAAACCACAGAAUUAUGGACUUGGAGAAAUUAGAGGAUGCAUUCAGCAAGAGCAAACAAGAAUGUAACUCACUCAAAAGUAACCUGGAGAAGGAGAGGACGGUGUCAAAGGUCCUGACUGGUGAGCUGGAAGUCUUGAAAGUCAGAGUCAAAGAACUGGAGGCUGCUGAGAGCCAACUGGGAAAGACAGAGCUGACGCUGAAGGAAGAUCUCACCAAGCUAAAGACUCUGACAGUCAUGCUGGUGGAUGAGAGGAAGGCGAUGGCGGAGAAGCUAAAGCAAAUGGAGAACAAGGUCCAGAACAGCACUGGCAAACUCCAGGCUGAACAGGACAAAGUAACAUCAGUCACAGAGAAGUUAAUUGAGGAGAGCAAGAAAGCGCUGAAGUCAAAGGCUGAGCUGGAGGAGAAAAUGUGCAGCGCCACAAAGGAAAGGGACGACUUGAAGGCCAAGUUGAGUACUGAAGAGGAAAAGAGCAAUGAUUUGGAGUCUAAGAUCAACAUGUUAAAGAAAAGGUUGCAAUCACUUGAGAACAUAGAGAGAGAAUACAUGAGAAGCAAAGCUAAAGAGGAGCACAUCAAAACACCCAUUGCUAACCGCUUCCAACAAGAAGACAACAAAGUAAAGGACCUGACACAGGAGGUUGAGCGCCUUAGACGCAAAUUAAAGGACAUGAAGGUGGUAGAAGGUGACCUUUUAAAAACAGAGGAGUUUGAAUCACUGGAGAAAAGAUUCACUAAUGAGCAAGAGAAAGGUAAAGCCUUAAUGGAAGAGUUGGAAAUAUCCAAAAAAGAACUUUCAAAGUACCAACUGGCUGAAAAGAAAGAGUGCAACCAGGAGCAUGUUCUCUAUAAACGCUUGAAGGAGGAGGAGGCAAAGUCCAGUCAUCUGACCAGAGAGGUAGCAGCUCUGAAAGAGAAGAUCCAUGAAUACAUGGGAACAGAGGAGUCCAUUUGUCGCAUGAAAACCGACCACUCUACACUCCAAAGGAAGCUGACCCAGCAUGAAGUCCGGAACAAAGAGCUGGCCAGAGAAAUGGAGACGCUCACGAGGGAGCUUGAGAGAUAUAGACGCUUUAGCAAAAGUCUUCGCCCUGGCAUGAAUGGUAGGCGCUUUUCAGACCUCCAUGUUUCCACCAAAGAAGUUCAGACUGAGCCACUUGACCUCAUGUCCCCCAACGGUAAGACAAUGGCCCCGCUAGAGCGCGCUGUGGUGAAUGGGAAGCUGUAUGAUGAGACCGAAGCUGAAGAAAAUGCAAACUACAAUGAGUUUCAGCUCACCAAAUGCAGCCCCUCGCUAAUCAAUAAUGUAAAUAAUCUUAACAAUUUGAGGAGAGCACGAGUCCCAUUCAUUAAAAACAAAGAAGGCCCCCAUCAGGUGAAUGGCAAAGUGCAACCGCGGCAAAACGGAAACCACGUCCAGCCCGGAGAUGUUGUGUUGACCCACAGUCCUGGGCAGCCUCUGCACAUUAAAGUGACUCCUGACCAUGGACAUAACACAGCAACGCUAGAGAUCACCAGCCCGACCACAGAAAACACCCAGUCAUUCACCAGCACUGCCGUCAUACCCACAAGUGGAGGUCCGCCCAAACAGAGAAUUACCAUCAUCCAAAACGCUUCCGUAUCCCCGACUGCUAAAUCCAUUUCCCCUAAAUCUAAGGGUUCUCCAGUCUCUGACGAACCAUGCUCCCCAGAUAGAGCCCUAUCACCUUUCACUAUGGCUACAUACUCCAGAACAAUGACUCCAGACUCUUGUGGCUCUGUAACCCCAGACAGAGCCAUGUCACCCAUACAGAUUGUGUCCGUCACAACAGGCACCCCUGAACGCUCCCUCUCCACGGAGCCACUGGAAGUUGUCGGAGGGCACGCCGUCUUCCGGGUGACCCCGGAAAGACAAAGCAACUGGCAGGUCCAGAGGUCCAACAGCUCCGGGCCGAACGUCAUCACCACAGAGGACAACAAAAUCCACAUUCACUUAGGGAGCCCCUUCAUUCAGAGCAUCACCACUCCGCCGCAAACGAGGAGUCCGUGCCAUACGCCGGGACUCCAGGAGCAAAGGACUCAAGUGCUCACGAAUUGCAGCACUCCUACUGGCAAAGGCAACAGCAAAAUCACAAGUAGCAUCAUGAUUAAGCCCACCUCCACCCCAAUCCAAAGGCCAUCACAAAUUACCGUAAGUAACAUCUAUGACUGACCUGAUAACCCCCAAAACCCUUCAUCCCAUCCUGUGUUACUGAACCCCGCCCAUGAGAUCCAAUACAACCAUAGACCCUUAUACCCCAACGCUAUACCCUGAUACAUUUACAUGGCUGUUUUACUUGAUUUAUCUUAAACCAGGGUUUGAAUGUUUCCUUUUUUUUUGGUUUGCUUGGUUCUGUGUGAUUAAGUUCAAACAAGUGUUUGCCUGCAUGAGAAAACAAUUUGAAAGCACUAGAAAUUUUUUGAUUUAAUUUGACAUAACACCAGGUUUUUAACUUAUGUGCACUUACUGUAUUGUACUCAGUGGCCAUUUUGCCAUGUAGUCAGACUAUUCACACUGAUGUAUCAUACCAGUUUUUAUACUUCAUACUACCCAUACUGCAUUAUGAUUAAGUUGUUUGGUUUUCUGAGAAUUAAAGUGUGCAAAAAGAAGUGUUAUGUUUUAUAGUUUGUCAUCCAUGCUUGCCAGUUUCAUUUAUUCACUAAAUCCAGCAUGUUUUGAAUGUGUAAAAUUAAAAAAUAAUAAUCUGAGGAAAAUGCAAUCAGACUGAAAUCAA